GGGUUUUCUACCACGCCUGCGCCGAUUCUUUUAAUCCCAUGAUCUGCGAGUAGAUUAGCCACGUCUGAAUUGCGGCGCUAGUGAUGAAAAGAGUGUGAUGCACGUACGACUGGAAAACAAACAAACAAAAAAAACAUAAAAUCACCUAACUACAAACAGCGACAAAGUAAGAAGCGUGAUACUGGCUUGGAAAUAUGUGCUCCGUAGACUAUCCUGUAUGUUUCGUACAAAACAAGAAUUUAAAAAAAAAUUCUGGCUCAUGCACCCACAGAUCUAUUGUGGUUGCUGGUGAGGAGGGAAAUGAAUAAUCCUGUUUGUGUUUUUUAACUUUCAGCUUUGCAUUGUUCUUGGAAAAUUGUGUGCCAGUUGCAAAUUCCUUGAACUUUGGCAUUGGGAGCCCACUUCUGUUGGGCCCCCUGUCUUUGCAGCUCGCCCAGAUUAAGACACAGCUGGCCCUACAGCAGUUGAACUUGGUCGCUUCCAGCAACCACUCACUCCCGGCUUUGUCGCUGCUCAACCAAGCCCUGCUGAAGAACACCAUGUCUCACCCUAUGUAUAACCCGAGGGGACCCUUUCCUGGUCAGAGAACAAUGGUGCCCAGCCAGUAUGGCAUGAACCACCCGCAGGACAUGAUAAUGGAAGGGGGUCACAUAGGGUCACAAGGGAUGCAGGGGAUGCAGCCUAAAGGAGUGCUACCUCAGAUGAUGCCUCAACAGAUGGGUUUUCAAGGACCUUUGCACAGGCCAUCUCCCCCAGUCCAAAACACUCUUUCAAAGAUCGACAUGCAGAUCCAGAGCACCCAAGAUGAAGUCCGCAUGCUGUCGCAGGUGUUGCAGCAGAUGGACCCGAGGUUAAGGAAGGAGAAAAUGGAAGAUGUUCUGCCCCCACGGCCAAGCCAGGAAGAGCAGAGGAUGAUGAGUAGAGUGGAAGACAGAGGCCAGGACUGGUCUUCCUACCAGACCCCACCAAACAAGCUCUUUGCUUCAUGGUUCGGACAUACUCCAGAGAGGAGUCACGCAGAAGGUGUAGAGAGCCAGCCAGCUCCACAGCCAGCAGAGAGACGCCAAAACCGCUACACGACAGAGCGCGCCACAGGCAUCCUGGCCAGCUUUGGACUGUCCAAUGAAGACUUGGAGGAGCUCAGCUUUUACCCGGAUGAGCAGCUCACGCCAGACAACUUGCCUUUUAUUUUAAGAGAUAUUAAGCUGCAGAAAAUAAAAAGACAUUUGUCUGAUGUGGAUCAGCCCCCGUUGUCUCCUGCAGGCGGAGAACUGGUGGGCAGUGAAUUGCGGCACAGCAAAGUAAUCGAUUAUGGACAUUCAAGCAAAAUUGGUUAUUCAGAGGAGCCUGUGGUACGGCCAAUCUACAAACGAGAAGUGCCGGCUAAGGAACAGGCUUUUGGAGGGCCAUCGAGCAUGCAACCCAAACUUGCAAUAGAGAUGUUGGUCUCUAAAGGCAACCGUGGUCGGCAUACUUCUUCUAAUCGUUCUGCCAAAACAGACUUGCCUGUAGACAAAAUACCGCAGGCGACCUUACCUAGCAGUGCAGCCAGAGCGCCGAAUAAGCAACUAACCAGCCAAAAUCCAGUCAGCUGGACCACCAUAAGCAACCCUCCCAGAGCCAGCCAGGUGGAAGGCAGUGGAUUGGCAAAAGCUUUCCCACUGUCCAAGGGAUCCUGGACCCCGGCGUUUCCUAUGAGUGAUUCAUCGAUGAGCAAGAGGCUGCCGACACCUACCAUGAAGAACGAUUAUUAUGCUGCCUCUCCGAGAAUCUUUCCCCAUACAUGUUCAUUGUGUAACGUAGAAUGUACACAGUUACAGGACUGGAUUGAACAUCAGAACACAGCUCUUCAUAUUGAAAGCUGCAGGCAUUUGCGCCAUCAAUACCCUAACUGGAGUCCUGAGGUAUUGCCAAAUUUGAGCAAUGUCUCAAACACUCUGCAGGAGAGUAAGAGCACGAAGAAGCGCACCAGGUCCAUAUCACCCAGCCAGUGGCGGUACUGGGGUCGAUCGUUGUCAAGAAGUCGCUCUGGGUCGAGGGGUCGCGUGCGGUACAGCCGGUCUCGCUCGCGGAGCCCCCCCAGGUAUAGGCGCAGCAGGACACGGAGCCCCCCCCCUCGCCGCCGGGCCCGAUUCAGCCCCCGUUGGUCCCGCAGCCCAUCGCCCCCUCACCCCAGGAUUUGCACACCCCCAUACCGAUGCUCAUACACACCCCCUCGCAGGUCCUGGAGCCCCCAGCCUGCCCGCCGUUCCCCUCGCAGGGUGAGCCCUCAUAGGGUAAGCCCCCGGCGACGCAAUCGAUCCACCAGCAGCGAGAGACUGGCCAAGAAACUCAUCCAGUCCACAGGUUUGUCUGCUUCAGAAAAUACUUCCUUGGAGGCUAUGAUGCAGACCCUGGCCCCUGCCAUCCUUGCGGAGCUGGCCAAGAAAAAGUCAGCCAGUGUCACUUCCUCUUCAUCUUUUAAAUUGCACGGCUCCAAGACACAGAGCAAGCCCUCUGCAACAGCGAUCAAAAAGAGCAGGUCUUCAGCAAACACCAAGAAGGAGAUUUGCUCCUCUACUGCAUCAACAAAAAAAACAGAGGCUGUCUCAGAAAAGGAUUCGGAAACCAUUGACCAAGAUAUUGCCAGCAAAGGGACUACUAAACCCAAGAUGAUUAACGGGGUCACAGUUCACGUCUCGGAUUUGCCAGAAUCCGAGUACACAGACCAGGAUUUCAUUGAAACUUUUCAGCCCUUUGGAGAAGUCAGACAUGUGUUGAUAAUUAAACAAAAAAAGGAGGCUUUUGUGACCCUGCAGUUUGAGGAGGCAGCCAAGGCAGUGGUUGAGUUUGCUAGAACGAAUCAUUUGCUGAUCCGGGGGAGACGAGUGAAAGUCACCUUGGAGGGCAAGGAUAAAAAGGAACUGAAGAAGCCAAGCCAAGUUAUUCAGAAAAAAGAGGGGGCAAAUGUAAAGUCUAUAAAGAAUACAGCUACCAAAAACUCAGAAGCCAAGGAUGGUAAGAAGAUUCAGAAGAAGAAAGAGAAGGAGCCCGUUAAACCUGUGGUCCUGAUCACUGGCCUUCCAGAAAGUGGUUACACCGAAGAAGAUCUUACAAAACUGGCCAUAGAUUUUGGUUCAUCAAAGCUUGUCAUUGUGCCAUCACAUAAAAAGGCAUAUAUGGAGUUAUCAGACUCCACAUCUGCAGAUGCAAUGGUUAACAUUUACAAGUCCAUUCCAACUAAAUUAAUGGAGAAUGAACUGAGCAUUACACUGCUGCCGAAAAACAUUGACCUGCAGAGUUCGGAGGCUCUCUUCAAAGAUAUACUUGGACUGACCAGAUCUGAUGCUUCUAAAGGUACACAGAAUACAUGCAAGCGACCAAGUGUAAAGGAGUUAAAUAGGCUUCCGCAGACAUUGGUAACUAUCAGCAAUUUGCCAGACGAAGGCAACGUAACUGAAGAGCUGCUUGAAAUGGUUAAGAAGUUGGGGAAUGUGAGGCGCUCUGUCUGCUUGAAAGACAAGAUCAUUAUAGAACUGGAGACGCCAGCUGUGGCCAAGAUGGUGUAUAAUUAUUAUAAUGAGUUCCCCUACACCAUGCAAAACAAAGUCCUUGAGUUCUCCAUGUCUCCAAAGGCUUUCUCCAGGGAACAGAUCAAAAAAGAGCCAAAUCAAAAACCUGCUGAAGCACCCAAGAAGACCACAGCUGCCAGUAAACCUGCAACUUCAAGCAAGACUGCGGUUACAGCUCAGCCUACCCCCAGCUCAGCCUCAGUCACUGCAACACCAUCUGUCGCCGCUGCCAGUGUCUCCACAGUGCCGAGUCAACCAGUAGUUACCAGCAAACCAGAUCCUGCUCCUCUACCCACAAGUAUCAGCAAGCCUGACGCAACCAGUGCUACAGCAAAUGCUAGUGAGCCCACAGUAGCUACUGAGUCAGUUGAUUCCAGUCAGCUGAAAACUGAUUGCAAAGAUGCUCUCACAGCAACUGCAGAUACAAGCAAGCCUCUAGAGACCAAGGGCCUCAAAGAAACAAGUACAGCCAUAAAGGGCUUCAACUCAAUGACUGAUAGCUCUCGUAAAUCUGGAGGGCUGACAACAGAGCAAAGCAAAACAGCAGUUUCGAAGACUGAGGCUCCCAGUGCCAGCUCCCCAGCAGCAGCCUGCAGGCUUCCUGUAGCGAAGAGUGAGCCUACAAUUACCAGCCUCUCCACAUCCACCAAGCCAGCAGAGGACAUCAACCGAUCUAAAUACAGCAGUCUGUCCACUUUAGCAAGCGAGACCACAAGCAACGUCACGGUUACUAGCCCCCCUGCACAAACAAGCAAGCCAGCAAAUGAAAAUACAACUACAUCCACAGUCAACGUCACAGUGAUCUGUGAACCUGGGGCUUCUUUGAAUGAUGUAGAGGCAGUUAAGACCCAGGAGAUGACAAGCCUGCCCUCUCCUGACUCCCAGGUGAGCACAGAGGCUCCUAGAGACGCUCCUGAAGAGAUGGACACUGCUCCCUCCUUGGUAACCGAUGAUGUUCUAAAAGCCCUGGAAACUGCAAUACAAGGAGGUGGUGCUCUAUCUACAGUAACAUGUGGCAGUCUGCCUGAUGGUCUGGCUCAAGAAUUGAACGGUUCAAAUGCAGGCAAGUCUUCAGAGGGCAGCAAAGAGACGGCACCUGCGGUGACGGCCUCCGACACCAAAUCUAAUCCGGAAGUAGUCAAAGAGGAAACCCCAGCAGCCACUGAUAAUGCCGUAGACACCGUAGCCCCUGAAAAACCUAAAGCUGUUCAAAGCAAGAACAAUCCCAAACUGGCUAGCAAGGAGGCCAGCCAACAGGCAAAAACCAGCGCAGUACCAGACAAUACCCCCAGGACUAGAGAGACCAGGAGGACUGUGGCCAAAACGGAGCCCAAGAAGGAGGAGGGCCGGUCCAGCCCUGCACAGGGGGGCAGGGGGAGUGCGACUGGGAAUCGGAGGGGCAGGGAGGUCUGCAGCCCAGCAGGGGGCCGCCGGGGAAGGGAAGUCAGGUGCUCCCUGCAGGACCAAGAGAAGGAGAGGAAGGCAACAAGCCAUGGAGAGAAGCACAAGAGUUAUGGCUCUGGCAGGGCAACCAGGUCUACAAGGAGCAAUGUAAAAACAGAUCUGAAAGCGAAGGAGCAGGAAGCGGAGGAUGAGAUGGUUACCGUCAACCUGGACGAGUUCGUCACGGUGGACGAGGUAGUAGACCAGGCCGCAGCCCCCCAGGAUCCCCUCAAGAAACUGACGAGGGAAGUGAAAUGCAGGGAGCCCUCUCCCAGGCACCACUCCACUCCCUGUGCAGACCCCACAGCCAAGCGUAGCAGAAUAAUGGAGACCAGGGCUCCAGCAGCAGAACGCAGGCAGGUAGAAACCCCAGCAGCCGCCUCCUCCUCCAACGGCGAGCUGCAGGACAGGAAAAAGAGCGAGGCUGCGGCGGCCGCGCUGGUCACUCUGGACGAGGUGGAGGAGGAUUACAUCAACGAUGAAGUCAAGGUGCAGCAAGGACUCACUGGAGUGAAGGACCGUAAGCCGCUGGUGACUGUGGAUGAGGUGGAGGGAGGAAAGGGAGAAGGAGUGGGAGACGGCGAUGGAGGUGAAUCUGGGGCCUAUCUUCCUGCUGAGCACUCCCUGGAGAUGCAAGAUGAGGAGGGAAAUGCCUCGAGGCAAGAGGAGAGCGGUCCUCCCUCCUCUGCAGACACCAGCACACUGCCCAAGGGAGGAGGAGAGCACACUGUGGAGGACUUGAGCUUUGUUACUGUGGAUGAGGUGGGAGAGGAGAAAGAGGAGAAAGCUCAAGCAACACCACCUGCAGGCAAGACGCCCCUUACACAAACUAAAGCAGUAAGAAAAUCCAUCCGGGCCAAAACUGGGAAGGCGGCUGCUGAGAUGAAAGAGGAGGAUAUGGAGACCGAGGGAGCCAAGCCUGCAGCAGCGUCUGUGAGCGACGGUCCUCCCGCGUCUGUGGUAUCAGCACAGGAGAGCGAGACUGGAGAGUGUGCUCCCACCAGAACAAUGACGGAGAACGAAGAAAAAGUGAAAACUGAACCAGACCCAACGCCUCUGUCUGUGGGCGAGUCCAGCAGUGAGCUGCUCGAGAAAACUGAGCCCUGUGAGGAGACAGCGCUCAUUGGUGCUGAAAAGUACAAAGUGACAGAGCUGGAGACGAAGCGAGAGGGGAGACCUGCUGCCAAACAGGAACCGGUGAUCAAACAAAGAACUGUGGUUGCCAACCAGUCCCCUACCAGAAAAACAUCUGGGAAAGACUCCAAGCUGAGAAGAGAUGUAGUUAAGGAAUCCGAAGCCAAACGAGGGCGAUCGGCCUCCCCCCACGAUGAUCAAUUCAAGAUGCCUCCGUUCAGCAAAGACAGUCCCAUUGGUUUGGAGUUUGUGGUCCCAAAGGCAGGAUUCUUUUGCCAACUAUGCACUUUAUUCUAUGCCAACGAAGAGGUGGCAAAAAAGAACCACUGCAGCAGCCUAAGGCACUAUCAAAACAUGGAGAAAUACAUGAUGAAGCAGAGAGCGCAAGCCAGCUCAGAGUCAAGCAAAGGAGGAAGUUCAAGUUGAACAUUUCACUUUUUUCCCCUCCCCAAUUCAUUUAUGGGUCCAAUUUAAUUGUGUCCCUGUACAUUUAUUUUGUUUCAUCUUGGAUUGUGCAUUAAUGGGACAGUCUUGUUAAAGCAAUGCUAGGUUGUUAAUUUGUUUUAGUGCACAAAUGAACAUUCCAUGGACAUUUUUGUAUUUGUUUUGUUUGCCUUAAGCUCUAUAUUGAACGCAACAGCAAGAACCUUGCAGCCAUCUCCUUACGAAGUCCGGUAAUACUUUACAUUGUGUCUCUAAUUUACUGUGUAUUUACAUAGUAAACACAUGUGUACAAAAUUACAAUAAUAUUAGGCAUAGUUACACUGUACUUAAUGUGAAAAUCUUUAUGCACUUUAUACAGUCAAUUAUCUGAUCUUUGAUCAACCGUACUGUCUAAUGAACUGAACUCGCCUGUAAUCACAUGAUGGAUUGCGUGUGCUGUAUUACACUCACAGGUUCUGCUGAUAAAAUGGCUACGGUAUUUAGUUGCCAAAAAAGGACUAGCAGACUGAGGCAAAUUAAAGUUACAGAAUUAUUCAGAUCACCAAAACCUUAGAUGGAGCAUUGUGCGCUUUUUAAAUGGUUUCAGUGAAGCAAAUUUAAACAGUCCCCUCGUUCUUGAUUUUUCUUCUAUUUCGUCAGUAAGGGCUGGAGAUCCUGACUUCGAGCAGCUAAGAGCUUUUAUUUUAUUCAUUUCAAUUGCACGUUAUUACAGUGCCUUAACAGCAAGUAUCAAAGUAUAUGGAAACAAUUUACUGAAUUAUUGAAAUUUAAUGAUUCCUAAAGUUUGUCAGUUGUAUUGAAUUGUAUGCUUUGAUUUUCAAAGUUUGGUAUAUGGUAUGUUUAAUUACAGUAUUUAAUUACCUUAACUGUAGGUGUUAAAGUUUUACUGAAUUGCAUUAAUUUAAUGAUUUGUAAAGCUUUGUAAUUUUGUAUGCUUAAUGUGAUAGAACAGGUUACUAGCUAUAUAUCAUCAGUAGGUACUUGUGUGUGUUAACUUUAUUCUAUAAAUGAUUAAAGGUACAGUAAUUGUUGUUAAUACCCGUUUGAUUAUCCAUACAAAUCGAUUAUGCAAAGUGUCUGCCUCAAAGUAUCGGUUAAGUCAUGCAAAACAAUUGACACGUUAAGUACAUUGUAACUAUGCAUAAUAACAUUGUAAGUAUGUGCAAGUUCACAUGCAUUGACUAAACUACUAUGGAAAUACACAGUAAUUAGACAGGUAAUGUAAGUCCUGCUUUGAAGAGCAGUAAUUACAGCAUGUGUAAUCGCAUUGUACUUUAGAAACAGCAUUAACCAGCACCAUCUGUUGACUACGGUAGAAAUUUGACCCACACUUUAUUUUCCCCAUUUCUUACAUUCAGUAUAUUGCUUGCAAUACUCGGUGAACAUAAGUAUUCUAAAGUCAGAAUUUGUAUAUGAUUUACGAAUCCCUCCUACCCCCUCUAGUUCAUUUGAAUGCUUCCUCCCAUGAUCCACACAUCACCGAUGGACAAAGCAUACUUUAUCUGAGAAGCAAUGUGAAUUUGAAUUUUGCCUUGCUUUUAUUGCAAAAGUAAUUUCAUUGGUCUGAAAUCAGCUGUUUUAUUGGUCUGUUGUCAGUAAUAAAAGUAUUUCCAUAAAUUUA